CCGCUGCGCCUUCCCGUCCCGCCUGCCCGGCCCGCUGCCCCUGCCGCAGGUGCUGCCCCACUCGCUUCUCUCGGAGGCUUCCAGAAGGGCUUGACAAGGCUGUCACAAUGGGUGGAGAGAGGAAGCCUCCCCAGGCCAUGCAAGCCCAAAAACUGGCAGGAAUACUGAGGGAGGACAGUGAAGGGGUCUUGGUCAUCGACUGCCGAUCCUUCACCGAGUACAAUAACCUCCAUGUGGUCGGCUCGGUAAAUCUGUGUGGAUCCAAGCUGGCCCGCAAGCGCCUACUCAAGGAAAUGCUGGUCCUACCACAGCAUCCCAAGAUUGAUGAGAAGCAAGUGGUGGUGUAUGACCAGGGCAACCAGGAAUCCUCUGCAGGGCACUUUGUGUCUCUGGUACUGGGAAAACUGGAGAAGAAGUACAGCUCUGUGUCGCUUUUAGAAGGAGGCUUCGCAGAGUUCUCAUCUCAGUUCCCAACCUUGUGCGAGGGUCGCACAUCUAACAUCUUGCACACCAGCAUAUCCCAGCCCUGCCUGUCUACGUCUUCAGUCUCCGUCACUCGUAUAUUGCCCCAUCUCUACCUGGGCUCUCAGAAUGAUGUCAUGAACCAGGAGGUGAUUAAUCAGAAUGGCAUCACCCAUGUUCUGAACGUCAGUCACAGCUGUCCCCAGCCAGUCUUCAUUCCCGACAACCACUUCCUACGCAUCCCCAUCAAUGACAGUUACUGUGAGAAGAUCCUACCCUGGCUUACUGCGGCUGUGGAGUUCAUAGAAAAAGUUGAGUUGGUGAAUGGAAAAGUAUUAGUUCACUGUCUGGCUGGCAUUUCGCGAUCGGCCGCUGUCGCCAUUGCGUAUAUCAUGAGGUCGAUGGGUCUGAGCCUGGAUGAUGCAUACAGGUUCGUUAAAGAGAAAAGACCCAGCAUCUCUCCCAAUUUCAACUUCCUGGGACAGCUUCUCGAGUUUGAGAAGAGCCUUGCAAGCACAAUGCCCUCUGGCCCCGUUAAAGCUUCUCACACGGACAGCCUGGCAGAGAGGAAGUUUUCGGAUCAUCACUGUGUUAAAGAACAGGCAAACAAGGACACGUCUUGCCAAAACAACUGCAGCGACACUGCUGGCACUCAGGAAAUAGAGGUAGCUGUUGAUGCCACCAAGCUGAACGACAGCCGUACAAAGUCAGAGUCCACCUCCACUUCAUUGGAAGGCAGGUUUACUUCAAUGGGGAUCUCUACAGACCAGCGUCGGGAAAUAAGCAGUUUGAAACGCUCCUUCUCUCUGGACAUUAAAUCUGUAUACACUCCUCUUUCCUCUUCUGUGGACGCACAUACAGACUUUUGCCAGCACGCCAGGUCCCAGCUGGUACCGUCCCUCCCUGUUGCUUCUAAGCCUUUGGGACUCUGGGAUCGAUUUAUUGGCUUUGGACUUAAUUUUCUUUAUUACUGUUCCGAGGAGGAAGAGGUCCAGAAAAGGCUAGGCCAGAUAGAAGGACCAAGGGGGGCCUUUCAGCAACAAGAUGUGCCGGAAAAUCUGAGAAAGCGAAGGGCAGGUAUGAAAGACCUGGAUGAAGUAGGUCAGCGCCCGUUUACUCUGAACAUUCCCAGUUGCAAAGGCCAAAAAUUUUUGAAAGAGAAAAGCCUGGAUGUGGGCUCAAGCACAAGGACAAUCUCUCCUGUACCUCUGUGAGGAACCAAUCCGAUUGCCCUCCAAAUGCACCACUGGCUGCUGUGUAUAUGGGGAAGAUGAAGAAUUUGUAAAACCUGUUUACGCACCCCCUCACCCUAAAAAACAAAAACAUUCUUUUCCAAAGCAUGUUAAAGACCUCUGACAGACUUGAAUAGCAUGCUGAGAAAUAACUGUGUUAAAUGUUUCUUCAUAUUGAAUGAACAAAGGUGGACUUUGGGUACUUAUUCAUGGUGACCAGUAUUUGGUUUAGUGCAUUGUGUGCCAAAGAGGUCAUAGAACACUCUUUGGCUGUUUGGUGAGGUAGGAGUUUGCAGUCAGACGGCAUCAAAGUGGUCAGCGCCCCCCCCUUUCCCUUUUUUGUUGUUGUUUAAGGCUUAUGCAAGCCAGCAGUAAGUAGCUCUUGGCGCAAUAUAAUGGACUGAAGAGACUUAUUUGCUGUAACUCUGCUGCACUGUUCAGUUGUCCAUCUUAUCACCCCUCUCAUAAGCUAGAAAUGGGUUUUUGUAUCAGUUGGCUUCGUCAGCAAAGCUUUCAAGAACCAUGGGGUGCAAGAAAAUGGUAACCAACCCCCAUCUUUUUAAAAUAUUUUUUGGUUCUCAAGUGGUGUGUUGUGACCAUCCUGCUUGAAACUUUGAUCCUUCCCUGGUCCUUCCCAUGUCCAAACACCUGGAGUAUUGUAAGGUUUUUGCCGAGAAUGGACCACUCUCCACUCUACUUCACCCUUGUGUAACGUAGAUUGAUAUAAAGGGGUUAUCUUUGGUAUACUUUAUACUCCUCUAGGUCCUACAGGAUGGCAAAGCCUAGAAGCCAAGAUGUGUCUGUGACAAUAUGUUGACUGCCCAUAUAGCCCUUCAUUUUCUGUUUAUUGAUGUGAAGUUAUUUAAUGCUCUUCUUGCUGGCUCGGGGGCCUGCCCCGGCACACAACUCCCACCUCUCAGGAUACAAGGACAAUAAUAUUGCCCUUAUUUAUAAGUAGGUGGUACAAGAGCUUUCUCUUUAUUUGUUCAUUAUUUAUUUAUAUAUAUAUAUGUAUGUGUUUAUUUCCUCUUGCUUUUGUCAAUAACCAUUGAAGCUGCUAGUCUAUUCUUUACUGUUGUGAUGGCAUGCUAAACUGGCUGAACCUUAAGGCUUUGUUAUCUGCAAAAGAAAGGCCAAUAUAUAUAUAUAUAUAUAUAUAUAUAUAUAUAUAUAUAUAUAGUGAAAUCUGGCAGCUUGAGAGAAGCAUGCCACUGUAUAUAAAUGGCAUUUAUGGAGUGCCAAGCUAUAGCCGAUGUGGAUUGAAGAAAUAUCAUGGAUUGGAAGUUUUUUUUUUUUUAUAGAUUCAACCUAUAUCUAUUGGACAGCAAGUGGAUGCUCGGUGAGCCCCGAAGUAUUUAUUUCCAGGUUAAAGAGCAUGUUUUAGCAUUCAGAGUAAACUAUUUCCACACUGCUGAAACAAACUAUAUAUUAUUGCAUGUCUGGUUUUGUUAGCGGGUCAGGAGAACCAUUUUUUUUUUAUUUGCUGGCUGUCUUUCUCAAUACUUGAUGGAUGAAUGGAGUACAGGAAAGCACUGAUACAUGUGAUUGAGAGCUGAUGGCUAAUGUAGCACCCCCCUGCCUAUGUACGGCUGCUGGGGUCGCUGUUCUUAGAUGACCAUCAAAGAUGUUCAGCUUUAGCUUCGCCAGUGGCAGCUUCUCAACCAUCUUUAUCAAUGUGAGGUAUGGGGGGAAUAGUGAGCUAUACACACAAUAAGCUAUGCCCUUGUUGUUUCUGUUGAAUUGAAGUGCAAUACAAGUCCUUUAUACAUCGAAUCACCUUCAAGUAAGAUGUCACAUCUUUGUUGGCAAGUUGCAUUGUAGCAUUAAUGGUCCCUUAAGUAACACUCCAGGUGGUUAUAGCCAAGUGAUAGGCAUAGUCUCAAGUAGACUACUAGUAGAUAACUAUGAUUUCUAAUGGUUAUCAUCUGCUGGAGAGAUAACCAUGGAUAAAACACUAAAUAAGGUUUACACUACUUGUCAGCUUAAAAUGUCCAUCUUUGCACAUAAAGACCAUUCAUUGAAGCCAAGAUGAGUUUGAGGGGUGAUAAGGCAAAGGGUAACCAAGCAUAUUCUUCUCCAGUAGCCUUGCGUACCACCAAGCCAGCUCUUCUUUUGUUUUUUCUUUUUUAAAAUAAACAAUGGCUUUGAUGUAAAACGAACCAGGAUUGCUAAAGUCAAGGCCAAAGACAUAUAAUGCACUCUAACUGGCCGGAAAUCCAAGAAGGCCCAUCGACUUCUUCUCUGAUGGAUCCUUUGUUACUGAAUGAGAUCUUCUGGCCAGUAGGUACGGAAUCUCAGCGUUUGUGCUUUUGUUUUUUUAUUUUAUGUAUCCUCGCCAACUGUAACCAAAUACCAUUCUGAUUCUGUCAUUGAGAAAAUAAUGGGUGUCAUUUAUUUAUUGCAAUACCAUGUAAUAUCGUCUUCUUCUGUUGGCUCUCUCUUUAUUUCGUCACUGUGCAGGUACACAAUAGUUCUGAGGUUCUACCAGGUGAAUGUAUUGCUCCCUAGCACUUCUCUGGUUGACAGUAAUAAAGAUGUGAAUCUU